AAGAUAGAAAUGUCAUCAAACGAUGUGGAUCAAAACGAUGAUCGAAUUGCUCAAAUGAUGAUGCCAGCAGCAAUUGUGACUCGGCUCAUGAAAGAAGACAAUAUUUCUGCAUCAAAAGAUGCUCGAGACGUCAUCGCUCGUGCUGCAGCAGUGUUUCUCAUAAACUUGUCCGACGUUUCGGCUCAAUCUGCUCGCGAUCAGAAGCACAAGACGAUCUCAGGAGAUGAUGUUGUCAAAGGACUCCGAGAGCUUGAGAAUACUUCUAUUCACAAUCAUUGCAAGUCCGCCAACGAUAAAUGGAAAGUUAUUAGUCAGCAGAAGGCUCUCGCUCGUAAAAAUCCAGUUGAAUCCAGCUCUGUCAAUGCUGAAAUGGAUGACGACAUUAUUGACGAUACUCCUGUCGAUGAUUCAUUGAUGAACUGAUCACUCAUAACCAACUCAUUCCUGCUCAAAACGAUCCUUCCUGUAAAAUCUCAUUCCGAUUCUCAACGCGUGUCCCACUUUUGUCUCUAACAUUUCACUUUGAUAAACAAUUUUGGCCAAU